CGUACAACAAGUCCAGAACAGUGGCGGCACGUACCAGGAACGGAGAAUCCAGCAGAUUUACCAACCAGAGGUUUAUCAGUGGCAGACCUUAGUGAGAACAAAUUUUGGAUGGAAGGACCAUCAUUCCUAAAAGACGGUGAAAGAGCCUGGCCAACCACACCUCCUAGUAAAGACGUACCGAAAUCUGACCAGUGUGAAAGGCGAUCAUCCACGAAGACAUAUGCAACUAAGAACUAUGAAUUUACUACCAUUGAUCCUACACAUUUCUCAAGCCUCAAACGUCUAUAUCGUGUGACGGGUUGGAUUAAGCGGUUCAUCGCCAAUUGUAAGAUUCGAGGGAAAUCUGGACGAAACUAUGAAAGAACACUUUCUUCUGCUGAGAUCUCUGAUGCUGAGACGUUUUGGAUCAAACACACGCAAACAGAAACUUUUCCUAAAGGCAUAAAUGAAAAGUCCCUAGUCCAAUUAAACCCAACAAAAGAUGAUAAUGACCUCGCUGAAGACAUCCCAUACGACACAAAGUAUCCUAUCCUCCUGCCAAAAAUUCACCACCUGACACGCCUUGUAGUUCUUGAUGCACACGAGACACUUGGCCAUGGGUCUGGUAUAGAACAUACUUUAACACAAUUGCGAGUGCGAUUUUGGAUUGUGAAAGGACGGCGUGUAGUACGGAACAUCAUCAAGUUUUGUCCAGAAUGCCGACGAAGAUUUUCUAUGCAAACAGCCGGUCAAAUGAUGGCCCCUUUACCUAAGGCGAGAUUGUAUUCGUUGCGAGCCUUCGACAGAAUUGGAAUCGAUUAUGCAGGUCCUUUUUUAACAAAACAAGAACGUGGUAAGAUCAGAGCGAAACGCUACUUGUGCCUGUUCACCUGCUUAGCAACGAGGGCAGUCCAUCUGGAAAUGUCGUAUUCAUUAGAUACGGACUCGUUUAUCAACGCGUUUACCCGUAUGUCUUCCAGGAGGACGCCUACCUAUGUUCUCACAGACAAUCGCACGAACUUUGUUGGUGCAGAACGUGAAAUGUGAGAAUUGAUUGAAGCCCUCGACCACGACAGGAUCAUUCAAGGUAUCAGCAAGCAUCAUCCCGUCGACUGGAAGUUUAAUCCUCCAUCUGCUCCUCAUUUUGGCGGAGUCUUUGAGGCGAUGAUUAAAAGUGCGAAGAAAGCAAUCAAAGCCAUAUUGGGAGAUGCAGAUAUCACAGACGAGGAACUACACAUAGCCAUAUGCGGAGCUGAACGACUGUUGAAUUCCAGACCAAUCACAUACGUUAGCUCAGAUCCCAACGAUCUCUCGCCACUUACACCGAAUCAUUUACUCGUUGGACAAAUUGGAGGAUCAUUCGCCCCAGAAGCACUGGACAAACAGAAGUGUACAACCCAAGAAAACGAUGGCAUCGCGUGCAACAACUGCUGCAACAAUUCUGGAAACGAUGGAGAAAAGAAUUUCUUCCGCGUCUCAACGUCAGAAGAAAAUGGUUUCAUCCAAAACACAAUUUAAAGGAAGGAGACGUGGUGCUGAUUGCAGAACCUAAGGACAACCGCGGAGAAUGGCCUCUCGGUCGUGUAAUGGAAACCUAUCCUGGUGCAGACGGCCUUGUGAGAGCUGUGAAAGUGCAGUCAUGCAAAGAGCAAAGAGUAUAUUAGACCUGUACAUCGCCUGUGUCCCCUUGAGUAUAUCGAAGAACAGUCGGACAGUGACGACACUAGUGCAUGAUAGACAGUGAUUAAUAGUUCACGACAACCUUAUUGUAUCCGAUAGUUAUAUGCGCAUACUUGGUAUUGAACAGACGUUCGCAGACUUAAAUUUAUGUUUAUAUUAACCUUAUUUCGAAUGCAUUGCAUUCGGGAGGGGGAUGUUAAGGAACGAAUCGUUCCCUGUAAUAUAAAGUAAAGACAUAUAUAACCGCUGCGCUUGCGUAAUGCGGGCGUCUUUUAGUGUUGAUUUUAAGACAGCGUGUUUUGUAUUUUUAAAUCGGUAAGAAAUAAAGAGUUCUGCCUUGUAUACAUACUAUUUAACGACCGUUCUAACAGACGAGAACAUAAGGUAUAGCUUAAAAAUAAUGUCAUGGGGCCCUGGUAAUGUUUAUACACACUGUCCAGUAUAAUAUAAAGUAUACAAUUAAAUCUGUGAUGAAGGUAAAAAAUGUACAGUAGCCUAUGUUUGAAUAAAUAUAUACCCUUACUUCUCUUAUUACUCCUUUGAUAUUUCCUGGGCAAAUACUUCUAAGAUAUGACAACACAGAAGGAGGAAAUGCGUAUUCUGCAUCCUUCGGACCAUAGUUAAUGGAGCAAGAUGGUUUGGAAGCUUCCCCUAUUUUGCGAUGACGUAAUUAUAAUGUUAACCGAUUAAAUUCUAAGGUCACGGGACGACGAACGACUACAAUCGAAAAAGCGCCAAAAUAUGGUAAUAUAAUAUCGUAGUAAUUUGAUACACGAAUGCCCAAUUGCGCUUUCAAUUGUUUUCACAGUAGGCGGUACAAAAACGUGAGUUUGUUUCAAAUUCCAGUUCCUCGUAAUUCAGACAGCGAAUUUACUUUUCAUCGUAAGGAAGAAGCACGAAAUGGUUGGAUUAACGCGAUAUUACGAACGAGACAGUUGGAUGCGAACUUGAAGACACAGAUCGAAAACAACAACAUACAUAUUUGUGAGAGUCAUUUUAAAGAGGAGUACAUUGAAAACUUUUCCAAAAGGAAGUCCCUCCAAACUGGUUCAAUUCCAACAGAAAAUCUCCCCGUCAAAAGCUUCGAUCAUCUUAGCACUAAUGCGCCGAGAAAAGAACCAGCUCCAAGGCAUGUUUCUCAAGAAACUACAAUUAUAUAUGCCUCUCUUGAUAAGUUCGAUGCAUAUUUGAAAAAAGCUGGAAGGUACCCAUAUUUUCAAGGUUGGAAUUGGUUCAAAGAAGGAAAUAACACUGUUAUUGAGUUUAAAGAAAGUGAGUACUCGAUUGCAAAGUUUUCUGUACGUGUCGAAUCUACUCUUAAUUAUACUGUUCUUGUUUAUGACUGGGCAUUGCCCAAUGAUCAUCCCAUAUACGUUUCAAACGAGCGUUCUUUGCAGUGCUGUAAUUUUAAGACGCUUUGUAGCGAAAUUGUAUCUCUGGGUAUUUGCAAAGGAACUCUAUUUCCCCUGAAGUCAAGCAAAUCAGUGAAAACACAACUUGUUCCCCUGUUACCAAAUGACUCUUCUCCACAAUAUCGUACAGUUGAAUACUGUCGUGCGCUUUCAUGUCGUGUUCUGGUUUCAUCCAUACUAAGUGACAGUAAACAAUUGCAAUGCGAAUCGUGCAGUCGAGAAUCAAACAGCAAUGUAGAGGUAACUUCAAUGUGGCUUCUGUUAAGUGUAAAACACCACUGUCAUGCCUUUCCAAAGAACAACUAAUUGCAACUGUAAAAGACACAAGGGUGAAUUUGAAAGAAGCCAAGCUGAAGUGUGCACAACUCGAAAGGAGAGUACAACGAAUGGAGAAUGAGAUCAAACAUCAUGGUAUUAGAAUAGAAACUGGUUUGGGGAAAGAACUUACAAGUAUCAUCACUAACACAUCAUUAGAAGCAACUCCACACAUGAAACUUGUAUGGGAGCAACAGAAGAAAGCACUGAAUCAACAAUCAAACUUUGGUAACAGGUGGUAUCCACAUUUUAUACGGUUCUGUUUGCCUAUUUAUUCAAAGUCGCCUAUUGUUUACCAAGAAUUGAGAGAUUCUGGAACAAUGCAGUUACCUAGUUCCAGAACAUUUAGAUCCUACAGAAACAACUUUAAACCAGGAGCAGGGUACUUGCCUGAGAACAUCAAGCCAUUGAUUUCCAGAACAAAGGGUUUCCUGGAUAAAGACAAGUGGAUUGUUGUCAUGUUUGAUGAGAUGAAGAUUAAAUGUAAUUUAGUGUUUGAUAAACAUUCUGGACGCCUGGUUGGAUUUGUGGAUAUCGGUGAUCCAGAUGUCAACUAUUCAACAUUUGAUAAAAUUGAACCAGCUACCCAUGUACUUGCUUUCUAUGUCAGGGGAAUAACCACUAAAUUGCAGUUUAUGCUUGGUUACUUUUUCACGCGAGAUGUGGUCUCCUAUCAAUUAAUGCCACUUUUUUGGCGUGGUGUUGCUAUAUUACAACUUAAAGCAAACUUGAAUGUUAUUGCUGCAGUCAGUGAUGGGGCUUCACCAAACCGCAAAUUUUAUCAACUCCACAUUUAUAUUGGUGAAAAACUUAACAACCAGAAAGUUUUGUAUAAAACAAAAGGUUUACAAGGAAGAAAAAUAUUAUGCCAGCCAAUUACCACCUUGCUAAUGAAGAAAUAAAGAGUGUAAAUAUCCAAAAACACCUCGGGAUAUUCAUCAGUGAUGACUUAAAGUGGUCAAAUCAGAUUGCCCGUGUGGUUGCUAAAGCCAAUCGAAUGCUGGGAUUCUUAAGACGGCAUUGUACGCAGCUCACCAACAUCCACUGUCGUCGCCUGCUAUAUCUGACAUUAGUAAGAUCUCACCUGUCUUACGGCAGUGAGAUUUGGUCACCCCAAGGAUCAUCGCGAGACUUCGUUCUAAUAGAAGGCAUUCAAAGACGGGCAACAAAUUUCAUCACGCAAGACUACCAUUCCUCGUACUCUUCCAGAUUGAAAAGUUUAAAUUUACUGCCAAUCUCCUACUGGUUUGAAAUUGAAGAUCUAACAUUUUACUAUAAAUGCAAAUCUGGUGGCUACGAAGUAGAUAUAGAGCAAUAUUCCACUCAACCUUCCCUUCACACUACUCGUUUCAGUUCAUCCGACCUACGCCGACCUAACCUUUGUAAAUCCUCAACCUUCAGAUCAUCCUACUUUAACAGAAUAAUACUACUAUGGAAUAAUCUGCCUAGUCAUAUCAAGUCAUCGAACUAUUGCGCUAUAUUUAAAUCCAAACUAUAUACUCAUUAUCUUAAUAAACUAAACUCGGACUUUGAUGUUGAGCGUCCAAGGACAUGGAAAACUAUGAUUUGCUUGAAAUAUCGCUCGAGCAAUAUCACCUGCUGUUCGUAGCUGGUCUGGUGUUAAAUAGCGAGGUUUUUGGGUUUGACUUCCACUACCAUCAUCACCUCCUCGCGCUGAUCUAGUUUGCAUGUAAGUGGUUAGUGGUUCCAACUAGUGAUGAUGGUGGUGGUGGUCAAAUCUGAACCUCGCAAAUAAUUUUGAUAGUGUAGUGUUUAUUCUUGCAUGUUUAUAUUGUAAAAUACGUGUUGUUAGGUUUAAAGUCUGGUGUAAAAUGGCUGGACUCACUUUUGACUUCCAUUACCGCUAUCACUACCUCGCGCUGACCUGGUUCGCAUGUAAGUGGUUAAUGGUUUCUAACUAGUGGUGUUGGUGGUGGUGGGGGUCAAAACUGAACCUCUAAUUUCACAGUAGUGUAGUUAUGUAUUUAUUCUUGCAUGUUUUAUAUAGUAUAAAGGCCUGUAAAAUCAGUAUUUACGUUGUCCAGUUUGCAGUCCGUAAUAUGUCGUGUUUUAGUGUUAGAUGGAUGGACUUAGUAUGGGAUUCUAGUUCUGUUGUCCAAUCCUUCAAUCAUAGCUGUAUGUGUAUUUUUUAUAUAAUAUGAUUGUAAAGUUAAUAAAAAAAAAUUUAAAAAAAAACACAAAAAAAACCUCUUUGCCCCAGGAAAGUGGAUUUGGUUUUUUGCUGAUGCUCCACAUCUAUUAAAAACGGCUAGAAACUGCUUGCUUAAAUCUGGUUCUGGUUUGAAAUCAAGGUGCAUGUGGAACAAUGAUCAAUUUUUAUUGUGGAACUAUAUAUCAGAUUUAUAUUAUUCUGAUCUGGAACUGGGGCUACACCAACUUCCUAAGCUAACAAUUGAACAUAUCAUGUUAACAUCUUAUUCAAAGAUGAGAGUAAAUCUUGCUGCCCAGGUGAUUUCUAGAUUUGUUUAUAUUUUUAAAAUAGUAUAGAUUUAAAUCAUACCACGAAAGAAAGUGCCUUGGCUUCUUAAUAAUUCGUUUUCAAACUAAUACGUCUCCUGUCCUCAUGAACAUCUUGUCUAUAUUUUCAAGGGCAAGUCACAAAUGGAUCGAAAACAACAAUCCAUUUUAGAAAUAACAGAUAUAUUUCUUCUCCAGUUUGUUCUCAUGUUGUCAAAACAAGCAACUUUACGUGCUAACGUGAUUGGACAAUCUUUGUUUCAAAACCGGAAGUGA